GUAUGGAACAAAGUGGUGUGGAAGGGAGGUGAGGGAGGUGAGGGUAGGUGUAUAACAUCUAUGUGCAGCCAACACCCCAGGAAGAACCUCCAGGUAGCUGUCAUGGCUCUGCAGUUCUACGGUGACCUGAACUCCCAGCCCUGCCGUUCCGUCUACAUCUUCCUCAAGAAGAACAACAUUCCAUUCGAGUACAAAGAGGUGCGGCUGUUCAUGGGAGAGCAGCACUCUGAGCAAUUCCAGAAACUUAACCCCCUGAAAAAGGUGCCGGUGAUAAAGGAUGGGGACUUUGUGCUGACUGAGAGUGUGUCCAUCCUGAAGUACCUGGCCAGCAAAUACCAGACGCCUGACCACUGGUACCCGGGAGACCUGCAGCAACGAGCGCUGGUGAAUGAGUACCUCGACUGGCAGCACAGCGGCUUACGGCCCCAGGCCUCACGGGUCUUCCUGCUCAAGGGGAUGGUGCCAUUCAUCAGUGGGAGCCCGGGGCAGGCGCCCGGGACGAAGGAAGCUGUGGAUGAGCUGACCCAAAGCGUGAAGAAGUUUGAGCAGAAGUUCCUGCAGGACAAACCCUACGUGGCCGGAGCAGACAUCUCCCUGGCGGAUCUGGUUGCCAUUGUUGAGCUGAUGCAGCCCCUGGGUGGCCGGCACGACCCGCUGGAUGGCAGCGCCGCACUCAACGCUUGGCGAGAGCGGGUGAAGAAGGCAAUUGGCAAAGAGCUGUUUGAUGAGGUUCACGGCCCUGUGUUAAACAUACAGCAGAGUUUGGAAUCGAUCUCGCAGAAGCAGCCCGAGCUGCUGGAAGCCAUGAAGAAGAUGCUCCUCAAGGGGGGAAAGUAACGGGCGGGUCUGCAGACCCAGUGAGGACACACACACAACCACACACCUGCCUGUACACACACCCACACACCUGCCUGUACACACACCCACACACCUGCCUGUACACACCCACACCUGUCUACACACAGCCCCACACACCUGUCCUGGCAUUGAGGAGUACAGCACAGGUAGAGGCCCUUUGGCCCACAGUGUCUGUGCAACCAUGAUGCCACGUUUAACUGUAUAACAGGCAGCAUGAGGACCCGAUCCCCCAGUUCUUUGCUCGUCCCCAUAUGGAUUUUAUUGCUCUGUAUUUGUUUUGUCCAUUACAUUGCCCCUCUGUGUCAUUUCUCUCUGAAACAUUAGCAAUAAAUGUUUCUACCAAUCA